AUGGCGGAUGUAGAAAAUCUCCGCACAGCGUCGCUGUAUAUCAACAACCAACUCCUUUCGAGGGGUCUCCUACGGGAUGGAGAGACUAUUGAUUUCUCGAACCCCGCGAAUAAUGAUGGCGGCACUGCCGCUGCCAUGGCCCGCGUCAUGGGCAUUGUUAACGAUUUGAUCCUGCGCCGAGAUAGGGAUGCUGAACAACGCGAGUCGCUCUCCGUUGCGAUGCGCACAUUACGCGCCGACAACCUCCGCCAAACUAGCGACAUCACGCGGACGACCGAAAAGUUGGUGGAAACAGAGCGGAAGCUCAAUCUCGCCGAGGCCUCCGAGUCUGCGCUCCGCACUCAGCUCAAGACUGCGGAAGCUAGCGCGCGGGGAUUCAAGGAGGAGGUGGCCCGGGCCAAGACCCUCGUCGCCCAGACUCGCGCCUCAUGCGCGACCGAGGUUAGGCGGAGGGACCGCCAGAUCGAUACCCUGAAAAAGCAGCUGGGCGAGGCUACGAGGGCCCGCGGCACCGUAAAGAACCCUGCCGUCACAGUGAUUACCGUUACAGGCGAUAUCGGUUUGGAGAAGGGUUCGCCGAGCCAAGCAGGGAUUACAGCCAACGAUUCGUAUGAUCUCCGCAGCGAAACAAACGAGUUUCUCACGGAGCUUGCCAAGAGCCUCAGCGAGGAGAAUGAGACCGUCCUUCUCCGCCUACGAAAGCUGCGCGACGAACUAAAGACAAUGAGCGGGUGGGAGAGCGAGGUUGCGCAGCGCGACGGCCACGCCUCGGAUGUUGUUUCUGGCGUCGACGAGCUCGAAUCCGACCUGCACAACAUACUGAACCAUCUUCGCACCAUCCUCACUAACCCAUCGUUUGUGCCGCUUGAGGAAGUCGUAACGCGUGAGGAAGAGAUUAGCCGCUUACGCGAUGGCUGGACGAAGAUGGAAACAAGAUGGAAGGAGGCCGUGCACCUUAUUGAUGGCUGGAGGAAGCGCACAGCAUCUAAUGGGCGGCCCGUCAACGAGGAGGAACUCAAGAUGGGCCUUCGGCUGAGCCCGGUCCGCGUCAAGGAUGUCGAGGAGACCGCGCACGGCAUGGAUCUCCGCCUCCCCGCCGUUUUGGAGGAGGAGGAAGAGGAAGAGGACGUCCAAGAGAUGGGAGUGCAGCAAGGUCAUUAUUACAGCGCGACGGCGGCUGCCAGCGACGACAGCGAAUCAAGCGUCUACGACGACGAGAUCAACAUUGACGAAUACGAUGUCGACGAACCCAACGUGCAGAUCUUGGAGCAAAUCGCGGAGGAUGACGACGCGUGCGAACUCGCUGAAGGCACACCCGAGCCCCAGUCCGGGCCCUCGCGGAAGGAGCCCUCGGCGCGAAGGCAGAUCCGAGCGGUCGCUGCAUCCAUAUCUGCUGCCAAGGCACAGGGACCCGUUGUUGAGGAGCUAGACCUAGGCUCCUCGGCUUCCUCGCUGGACAGCCUCCUUCUCGAUAGCCCGUCGAAGAAGCCUACGAAAACGCGGACACAAACGGUAGCGACGGCUCCAGCACAGGCAUCCGUGAAACGUCCUCAAUCCCGCGCCAUCCCCAAGAGGCUCGCCGACCCAGCUCCACAACAAAGCCCCUUGACCAUGGCGGCUAUUGCAGCCAAGCUUGCGGCCUCGGAGCGAGAGGCUGAUGCUGCGCGCGUAAGGGCGAAACUCAAGGCGGCGCGUAUGACGAAGCGCAAGCCGGAGCCCGCGCCGGCCGCCGUUACGGAGGACGUGGUUGCUGCGGCCGAGCCAAGCAAGGAUGUCGGUGAUCCGGUCAAGAAGGACCCUCUCCCUCUUCCGCGAGUCGAUGCUCCCGAGGGGGAGCUGUAG